AUGUGUCGCGUCGUACUGCUCGACCAGACCCAGUACGUCAACCAUCAAUUGGGAGCGGGGCUCCCAAGAAUCCCAGGACGGGGGAUAGGCCGCGCCACCGGACGAGGUAACUCGUCCGACGUCCGUUCACGUCGCGGUGGUUCAACAGCUGCUCAACUAGAUAGCGCUGGCCACCGCGAGAGUCCUCUAAUGGAGGUGGAGGAGGAGGAAAGACGCUCUCCACACGAUCAUGUGGAUCGGUGUGUUCCCGAGAGCUUUUUGAUCGCGUAA